CGUGGUCACUUGUUAUCACGAUAGCCGUCCGGGAUGCAGCGACUGGAGGUUGCAGUGUGUGUGUUUUUAUUUGCGUUUCCAGGAUCUCUGCAGGCCCAGCAAGGCGAAGAAGGACAAAAACUGCGAGUUUUGGAACAAAAGUUGUUUGAGAUGAUACGAGAUGAGUAUCCGGAAUUUUCCGAAUCGACAGGACUGGCCGAAAAUGACGGAAGAGCAGAGUCCUACACAUUCCAAGCAUUCGAAAGACGGAAAAAUCAGAAUAUAGAGCUGUUGAACGAGAUUAAUACCAUCAACAAAAAACUACUCACUCAUAAUGAACUUCAAGAUUUAAAAAUCCUACACAACCACGUGCAGACGUACUUGAAAGGCUAUGCGUUCAGAGAAUGGGGAAAUCUGAAUCCUAUAAAUUUUCUAGAGGCUCCUUUGAAGCACCGCAGUUGGAUUUCAAAAUCUAUGACGUCAGAUCCGGAGAAAUAUCUUUCAAGACUUCAAGCCAUUCCACAACAAAUCAAGGAGCAGAUUCAGCUUAUGAAGAGGGCCAUUCAGCUUAACAGGACAAACCACCUGAAUUCUAUGGAUGGUAUGUUUGAAAUGAUAUGGACUGAAAUAUUUUACGUAUACAGACACCAAAGACACGAAAAUUCUAAUACGUCUUCAUCACAAAACUCAUCAAGGCUGUUACACGUUUGGAACACCAGUACCGAGAACGCAGUAAAGGCUCUUAAUAAACUAGCAGAAUUCAUUGAUUCGGAAUACCUUCCGUCCAGUCGUAGGAAUAUAGGAGCUAGCUCCCUUCCUGGUGGAAUGGAAUAUUAUCAGGCCUGCCUGGACUACCACUUGGGAACUCGACUAACACCACGGGAGGUUCACGAUCUAGGACACAGUGAAAUCAAAAGAAUAGAAAAACUAAUGAAGAAGGUGAUGAGACAAGUUGGAUUUACGGGGAAAAUAUCAGAAUUUGCUUGGUUCCUGAACGAAAAGAUUUUAUAUGAAGACACAAAGUGGAACGUAUUCCAAAGUUACAGGAGUGCCAUAAACAGCGCCCGUGACUCGUUAUGGAGCUCCUUCCAGAGAAUUCCACUCACACCACUUAAAAUAGUUACCUAUAACGAUUCAAGGGUACCAGCGAGGGGCCACUACACCAAUAAUGUGUUUUAUAUAAAUGUACAUUACGAAAAUAGAACAACCUCUAACGUUCUCCCUCUGGCUUUUCAUGAAGCUUAUCCGGGUCACCAUUUUCAGGAAUGUUAUAAGAGGCAGCAGACCCUCCCGUUAUAUCGGCGUCACCUCCUUUACCGCCGACGAUACGCCAUACCCUUUACAUACCCAACUUACGCAGCAUAUAGUGAGGGCUGGGCGCUGUAUGCAGAACAGUUAGGGAUGGAGAUGGGAUUUUAUAAAACUCCUCUGGAAACUUUUCAGAAAUAUUUAUCAGAAAUCUUCAGAGCGUGUCGACUGGUUGUGGAUACGGGAAUACAUGCUUUUGGAUGGACAAAAGAAAAAGCUGUUGAUUUCAUGAGACAAUACACGAAUGCACCGUAUGGGGAGGUAGCACGAGAAAUAGACAGAUACACCACGUGGCCUGGACAAGCCUGUACAUAUAAAGUUGGGGAACUGAAAAUUAGAGAACUUCGAUCUCGAGCAGAAAAUAUGUUGGGUAAACAAUUUAAUAUUAAAGAGUUUCAUCAUCAAAUAUUGAAAACGGGGCCCAUUAGCUUGGACAUUCUGGAGGAGAUCGUAAAUGACUGGAUAAUACACAAAAUGUCCCCUAUUAUAUCAGAUCCAGUCUUAUCCCCACAAGCUCUAUCAAGAGGGACAUCUGUAUUUAGCAAUUUUUUACUUACAUCAUUAUCAGCGUUUAUUAUUGUUUCAUUUUGGAAGACGUUUAUAUGAUAUUAGUGUAUAUUGAUUUUUUUCUUUAGUAAAGUCUGUGCAGUGUUACCCUGUGUGGCAGGUUUAAUGCAUCCAUAGGUUGACAUUUAGAAGAAAGAACUAAAAGAUAA